GCUGAUGGGUGCAAUUGACAAUUUGACAUUUGAGUUUCUGUGCAAAAAUUUUGUUUGUGUUUUUGGGAUUGAUUUUUAUUUGUGCCAUUUUGAGGUGUCUCCAGUGACUUAAUUGGCAAUUUAAGUGGCUUUCGUGAGAGUUGAGAGUCCUCCGAGAUGAGUGGGCCAUCGAAUUUGGCGCAGGUGGCGGGAAAACAUGUGGCAAUCUACGAGGCGUACUAUAAACUGGCCAAUCCCAAAGGGAAUCCCAGUAUUGGGGCCAUGGAUGCGGCUAGAUUUCUCAAAAAAUCCACUCUCAGUGACGUAGUUCUGAGUCGGAUAUGGGACCUGUCAGAUCCCCAAGGGAGAGGAUACCUGGACAAAGCGGGCUUCUACACUGCCCUGAAGUUUGUGGCUCUGGCUCAGGCGGGCGAAGAUAUCAACAUUGAAAAUAUUUACACUGAUACCCAGAAUCCUCCAAAAGUCGGAGCCAUUCCCAAGAUACCUCCACAGGUUCCACCACCAGCUGCCUCCAUGCUGCACGAUGAGUCAGCCGAAUGGGCAAUGACUCCGGCAGAUGAGGCCAAGUACCAGGAGAAAUUCAAUUCUCUGAAUCCCGUUGGCGGUCUUCUGCCAGGGAAUCAAGUCAAGGGUGUUCUCAUGAAUUCCAAAUUGCCCGUGGAUACCCUGGGGAAGAUUUGGGAUUUGGCUGAUCAGGACAGGGAUGGCAGUCUGGACAUUUAUGAGUUCAGUGUGGCGAUGCAUCUCGUCUAUCAUGCUCUGCAGAAGCGUCACAUUCCAGCUAGGCUGCCCACAGCUCUCAAGAAGAGCAUGAUGAAGUCAUCUGUGGCAGCUCCAGCUCCAGUUGCCGAGGAGCCUGAGCUCUUUGCGCAAUUCCCAACGGAUCUGGCACCUCCGCCAGCGCCUCCCGUGGUUCCGCCAUUGCCCGCGGCGGCGCUGCUGGCGGAUGUGGCCAGGACUUCUCCGGCUCUGUCGAAUCUGAAUCUGCUGUCAGAUGGGCCAGUGGUGAAGCCCGCAGAGCCGGAUUGGGUGGUUUCGGCUGAGGAAAAGAGGAAUUUCGAUCAGAUCUUCAAGCGAAGCGAUCUGGACAACGAUGGCCUGGUUUCGGGGUCUGAGAUCAAGGACAUUUUCCUGCAGUCGGGAGUGUCUCAGAUCUGCCUGGCGCACAUCUGGGCUCUCUGUGACACCAAUCAGACAGGAAAGUUGACCUCUGAGCAAUUUGCUCUGGCUCUGUGGCUGGUGGAUCGUAAGAAACGUGGGAUUGAUCCACCAAAUGUCCUGGCGCCCAAUAUGGUACCUCCGAGUCUGAGGGCAAAGCCUACUCAGGUGGCUGAGGCGCCGGCUCUGAUGCCUUCCAAGACACCAGAGCCGGCCUACUCGAAUCCGGAGCUGAAGAUGAUGGCUGAGGAGAUUGAGAAGAUUGUGACGGAAAGGAGAGCUCUGGAGAGGGAAAUGUCUCAGAGGGCGGCGGACAUUGUGAUCAAGACGGGGGAGAUUAGGAGUCUGCAGAAGGAGAUGGACACGCUGACGGCUACGCUGAAGCAACUGGAACAUCAGAAAGUCGAGGCUCAGAAGCGACUCAAUGAUCUGCAGGAACAAGUGAAAAAAAUCAAUGAGCAAUGUGUGAAACAGGAAGAGACAAUUAGGGAGCAAGAGGCUGAAGUGGACGCUAGGCGUUCGCAAUUGCAGAGCCUCAAGGACGAAGAGAUGAAUUUGUCCAAGGAAUAUGACAAAAAUACCAAAGAACUCGAUGAUUUGACAGUUCAGCUGCAGGAUACUCAGCUUCAGAUCAGCCAGAUGAAGGCCAUGAUAACGCAGUUGCAGGAGAGUCAGCGUCAGAUGCGAGACGCCCUUGAUUCAUGCAAAACAGCCAUAGAAACAGGAGAUCCGGAUGUUGUUACCGAUUACUAUCUCAAGCUCAAUCCGGACUUCCGCGAAGUUCGGGAGUCUAUGAAUACUGAAAGUAAGCCCAAGGAGUCUCCACCAGUUUCCACCACAACAUACUCAUUUGACAACAAAUUCGAAGACGAUCCUUUCAAGCCCAAAACAACUGACACAUGGGCAGAUACUUCGGGCUUUGAUGACAGCUUCGAUACGCCAUUCAAUGGUCAAUCGAAGACACAUAGUGACGCUUUUGGGGAUGCAUUUGGGGGUUCAGGGAGCGCUGAUACGAACGUAACGUCCAGCGAUACGAAGGACAAGUUUGAUGAGGAUCCAUUUGCCAUUCUACAUGCUCCCACGACGGGAGGGGGCAAUGUGCACACGAACAUUGCACCUAGUUCACAGCUCGCGUACAGAUCCACUUCACCCAUUCCGGCUCUGCCACCAAAGAAGUCAAAGCAGCCACCACCGAGACCAGCACCACCUAAAUCAAUCCAGAGUAAAGUCAAAACGUUCGAGUCAGAGUCAAACGACUUUGCUAAUUUCGCUGACUUCAACAAGUUCUUUUAGCAACAAUUUUUUAAGCCGAUGGCUGUCCGCAAUUGCAACUAUACUUUUGUUCGUUGAAAACAAUUCGUUCUUUUUGGUAUUUUUUUUUAAAUGUUUUUUUGGAUAAUUUUUUAGUGAAUGGAAUUUUCAAAAUUAUUCCUUUGGACAUUUCUGUGUUGUAAAAAAAAUAUUGAAUUUUGCAUAUUGCAGUGAACAUCAACAUGAGCACUUCACUGAAUUCAGAGCGUUCUUCUAAGAUAUUAGAAUUAAUAAAAAAAACAAAAGUUAAGAAAUGCCGCUAAAUUGUUGUGUUAAAAAAAAAAAUAAAUAAAAAGAAGUAUAGCAGCAAUUGACAACCAUUCUUCUGGCAUUGUGAGAGGGACAAGAGAGAGGAAAUAACAAACUAACGCUAAAUAGACGUUUUGUACUAAAAAAAUAAGAAAAAACUAAUUUUCAAAGAAAAAACAAAAA